AUGAAGAAUUGUUCAAUUAAUAUAAUUAAAAGACAAUUUUUCACUUAUAGACAACCUUAUUUUAAUAAACUACCAAAAUUUUAUAAUAAUUUUCAAUCAAAAAUGACUUUAAUUACAAUUUCACAAUCAUUAGAUGAAUCUUAUACUAAACAUAAAGUUGUACCAGAAGUUAUUGAUCAAUUUGAUACACAAGGUUUAUUACUGAUAGAAUUCAAAGAGAAUCAUAUGGUUAGUUUAGGUAAUCUUCUUUCAGUCGAGGCAACUCAAUCUGUUCCAAAAAUUCAAUUAACUUUAAAUUCUCCAACUCAAGAUGGUAAAAUUGAAUCAAUUGAUAAAGAUGAUAAAUUUAUAUUGGUUAUGACUGAUCCUGAUGCACCAUCUGCAUCUGAUCAUAAAUGGAGUGAAUAUUUACAUUGGCUAGUUACUGAUUUAAAAUUAAAUCAUGAUCAAAAUAAUAACCAAGAUAUUAGUCACUUUAUUCUUGCAAAAGAUGGUAAUGAAUUAGUUGAAUAUAAUGGUCCAGCUCCUCCUCCUAAAACUGGUAAACAUCGUUAUGUAUUUUUAUUAUAUAAACAAGAUCCAAAUGUAAAAGAUUUAAAAGCUCCAAAAGAUAGACCAAAUUGGGGUACAGGUAUACCAAGUAGUGGAGUUAGAGAUUGGAUUAAGAAAAACGCUCCAAAUUCAAAAUUAUUAAGUGUUAA